CCCGCGCGGGGGACCGUGGGAGGCAGCAUGGCGGCCGCCGCUCCGCCCCGGGUCGCCCGGGCUUGGCCAAUGUCACGUUCUGCACUUGCAGCCACCGCUGGGUUUUGCGGCCCACGCCAUCGCCAGCUCCACCAUGCCGUCAUACCUCACGGCAAAGGGGGCCGCUCCUCUGUCAGCGGGUUGGUGGCCACUGUGUUCGGAGCCACGGGAUUCCUGGGCCGGUACGUCGUCAACCACCUUGGCCGAAUAGGAACUCAGAUCAUUAUCCCCUACCGGUGUGACACGUAUGACCUCAUGCACCUUCGCCCCAUGGGUGACCUGGGCCAGAUAAUCUUCAUGGAAUGGGACUCCAGAGAGAAGAGCUCCAUCCAGAGAGCCGUGCAGCACAGCAACCUGGUCAUCAACCUCGUGGGGAGAGAGUGGGAAACCAGAAACUUUACUUUCGAGGACGUUUUUGUGCGGAUUCCCAAAGUGAUCGCCAGAGAAUCCAGAAAAGCCGGCGUGGAGAAGCUCAUCCACGUGUCACACCUCAACUCUGACAUCAGGAGCUUCGCCCGGUCCCUGCGGAGCAAGGCCGUGGGAGACCAGGAAGUGCGGGAGGCGUUUCCGGAUGCCACCAUCAUCAAGCCUGCCGACAUGUUUGGAAGGGAGGAUAGAUUCCUCAAUCACUUCGCAAACAUGAGGUCAUUUGUCGGGGUCCCUCUCGUGUCCCUGGGCCUGCGGACCGUGAAGCAGCCCGUGUUUGUGUCAGAUGUCGCCAGAGGCAUCGUGAAAGCUGCCAGAGAGCCGGACGCCAAGGGGCAGACCUUCGCCUUUGUCGGGCCGAACCGCUACCGCCUCUUCGACCUGGUGCAGUACAUCUACGCCGUGGCACACCGGCCUUUCCUCCCGUACCCCUUGCCCCAUUUUGCCUAUCGCAUGAUCGCGCGGCUCUUUGAACUCAGCCCCUUUGAACCGUGGACGACGAGGGACAAAGUGGACCGGCUUCACCUCUCAGACAAGAUCCUGCCCAACCUGCUGAGCCUCGAAGACCUGGGAAUCGAACCCACACCCCUGGAGCUCAAGGCCAUUGAGACGCUGAGACGCCACCGCACGAACCGCUGGCUGAAAACCGAGAUGGAAGAUGCCAAGCCCGCAAAGACUGUGAACUACUAGCGCCCCGCCCCGCCCGCACCCCCGGGAGCCUCGGGGCCCGUCACCCCGCGGCCCGGCGGCCGAGGCCUUCUGUACACAGAGAAUAAGAUCCUUCUAUUAAAACAGCCCAGGAUCCA